AUGGUGGUUCUGGCCCUGACACUCCUUGUAGCUGCUGCUGCUGCUGCGUUCUCGCUAGGAGUUCUGCUGUGGGUGAUCUGUAUACAACUUUGGACGGAACACAUCCCCGAAGGCAUCACUCAUCCUGUGAGGCUGCGAAUCCUCAGUUGCCUUUUACGUCUGUCAAUGACAUGGGGGAUGAUUUUUGAGAAGCUGGGACUGUGUUAUGCACCCCAGUUUGCCAGUUUUGUGCAUGAUCUGAAGCCACUCAAGAGAGAUCCUGAUGUUGUGGUCACAGAUCUUCGCUUUGGGACAAUCCCUGUGAAACUAUAUCAGCCCAAGGAAUCUUCCUCCACCCUUAGGCCUGGCAUCAUCUUCUUCCAUGGUGGUGGAACUAUCCUGGGGAGCUUGAGAACCCACCACAGCAUAUGCUUACGUUUGUCCAAGGACUGUGACUCUGUUGUCGUGGCAGUCGGAUACAGAAAGUCUCCCCAGUACAAGUUCCCAGUAAUGAAAGAGGACUGUGUGGCAGCCACCAUCCACUUUCUGAAAUCAUUGCAUGUGUAUGGAGUGGAUCCAGCUCGGGUUGUGGUCUGUGGUGACAGUGUAGGAGGAAAUGCAGCCACUGUGGUGUGUCAAACAUUUGUGAACCAAGCAGAUCUUCCUCGGAUCCGGGCUCAGAUUUUGAUCUACUCCUCACUGCAAGUCAUAGAUUUUUGGGGCCCUUCUUGUCAACAGAAUGCCAACAUUCCACUGCUCUCCUGGAAUAUGGCCUUUUACUGUUGCUGUUGUCACCUAGACAUGAAGACUUCCUGGAAAAAUGUCAUCAAGAAUGGUGCCCAUUUGCCUCUGGAAAUCUGGGAGAAAUACAGAAAGUGGUUGGGCUCAGAAAACAUCCCAGAGAGGUUUAAGAAGCGAGGCUACCAAUGCAUACCCCCAGGGCCUGUGAAUGAAGAUGCUUACCGGGAGGUAAAUCUCAUACUGAACACAAUAUGCUCACCCCUCAUUGCAGAAGAUGAUAUAGUAUCUCAGCUCCCAGAAACCUGCAUUGUGAGCUGUGAGUAUGACCUUCUCCGGGACCAUUCACUUCUAUACAAGAAGAGGCUGGAAGAUCUGGGGGUGCCUGUGACGUGGCAUCAUAUGGAGGAUGGUUUCCAUGGAGUGCUUAAUACCCUUGACUUUGGCUUCUUGAGCUUCCCUUGCUCCUCAAGAAUUAUGGACGUGGUUACCCAGUUUAUUAGAAAGUUGUGA